AUGUCGUCAACGCGACCCCAGCGUCUGCUGCGCAUCUCCAAGGCCUGCGACUUCUGCCAUAAACGUCGCAUCAAGUGCCAGGACAACCCCGGCGAUACCCGCGGUCGCUGUCGCAAUUGUGCCGAGUUUGACAUCCCCUGCACCUAUGCGCGCCCAUCCCGUCGCGGCCGGGGCUCACCACAGCCGUCCCGGCCCGCAUCGGCCACGUCCUCGGGCCUCUCCAUCGCCGCCAGCAGCCUCGCAGACGGCAAACCCGUGCCACACCAUCCGCCAUCCCACCAACCACCUCCAUCACAGCCAUUACCACAGCCGCAUCGCCCGGCCCAGUCCGCCAUGCUCUCGCCCUCCGCCCCGCGCGUUACCAUGAGUGAGCGCACCACCAGCACCAGCUAUGGCGCGGACGAUCAGGGACCCGUUGCCAACGAGCGCCUCAGCUCCACGUGGCAAGCCUUUGCGCAUACCUCGACGCCCACGCUCAAACGCCUUGUCACCGUCUACCACGAGACCGUCUUUCCCAUCUUUCCCUUUUUUGACCCCGUCCGCCUGCAGCGCCGCCUUGACCAGCUCGAGCACGUCAGCAACCGCGCCUUCUUUUGUUCCGUCAUGGCCGCCUGUGCGCUGGCCUCGGCACGCGCCCGCGACGGCGCCCUCUCUUCGUCGACGAGCGGCGGCGGCAUCUCGGCGAGCCCAGGUAGUGCGGCAAGUGGCACAUCCAUUGAAAUGCCCCCCGAGAUGUUCUACGCGGCCGCUGAGGAGGCCCUGCCCAAGGACAUCUUGCAGUGCCGCGACUUUGACUACCUGCGUGCGCUGGCCUUGCUAAGCAUCGCCAGCAUCCAGGACGCCAAAAUCGCAGUCAUGCAAAAGUACAUUGGCCACUACUUUACCCUGUUGGCCAUCAACCAGUGGCACGACGAGGCCAACUGGUCCCCGGGCCUGACUCCCACAGAGAUCGAGGAGCGUCGCCGCCUCUACUGGUCCACGUACACCCUGGAUGUUUUCACGGCGAUCAUCUGGGACGGCUGCAUCCACUUCCAGGAGAGCCACGCCAAGGUCGAGUACCCAACAGGCGUGACGGAAGACCGCAACGGCCAGCCAACCGUACCGAAUCCAGCCUCCUUGUCGAACACUGCAAAUGUCGAUAGUUCAACUCGGCCGACCAACGGCCCCACCGACUCCCCCUCGUCAUCGUCCAUGCUACCAGGUAUUGUUACUGCCACGUCCCCACUGCCCGAUGCGGGCUCCUGGAUGAUCGGCUGGAACUACACCACCGACCUCUACCGCAUUCUCGAGCACAAUCUCAACAAGUUGCGCUCUCGGUCCUCCAAGUUCAACCUGCUCGGCGAGACCACCACCCCCGGCUCCUUCCGCGUCUCUAGCCAGGACCGCGUCUCCGAACUGUACGCGGCUCUGCCCAACGCCUUUAAGACGCUUCAGCCCGCCACCGGCGACCCAGCCCGCGACAUCUUCGGCUUCCAAGCCGCCAACAUCCAGGCCACCAUGGCCCUACUGGAGAUGGUCCACCUGUCGCUCGAGGUCGACGUCGACGUGGAGCGCAAGUGCUCUGUCGUGCACAAUGUCCUCCAGACCUUCCACCAGGUCCCCAAGGCCUACAUGCGCGCAAUCAGCACCCCGCUAAUCUACCACAUUGGCGGUAUCGGCGUCAUAUUGGGGUCGGUUAUGGAGGGUCCACUCUCAGAGAGCGCCUACCGUCUGGUGCGCGAUCUGCUUUUGUCCAUGGCCAUGCUGCUCGAGAGUCUAGAGGCCUUUUUGCACCGUGGCGCCGGCGCCGGAGCGCGGCUGCGGUCGCUCGUUGCUCGGCUGGAGGGUUUCUACUCUGACGUACGCAACCAAAUCGACAACGGCGCCAAUACCAACGGGGCCACUGCCUUCACCGCACAGCCAUCAAGCGAAGCCUCGGCAUCGAACCUACAACGAACACAGCAGCAGCAAAAGCAAAAGGGUCAGCAACAGCAAACGAUACCAUCGUCUCAGCAGCAGACACAACCCCAGCUGGAGAUGAACAGCUCCUUCGGACCGGAGGCCGUGUCCAUUCCACAACCACUGCCUUCGGAGGCUCUUAACCAGCAAGACUACCAGCAGCCGCAGCAGCGACAGCAACAACAAUACCGACCAAUACAACAGCAGUUUGGCCAGCCUCGGCCCCUGUCUCCCUCAACCGGCGCCAAUCCCACUGCCGCGUAUGCUGCCGCGGCUUCCAUGUACGAUCCACAACAGCAACAGCAACAGCAACAACAGGCCGCCGGUUCGGGUACACCCAGUGGCUUGUCGCCUAGCUCGGCCGCACCUGGCACGUGGGUCGCGGCGCCUGGUGCCGCGGGUGUUGCCCCCGACGUCAACAUGCAGAUGCAGCUGCAGCUACCGGACGAGUUUUUGCAGGACUGGACCUGGCCCUUUGCCGUGUCCAACAACUACCUGUCCUUUUAA